AUGACGAUGAUUUACUUUGCUAUUUUUAUUUUAUUUCUUGCAUCCAGAAUUUCACCUUUGCCUGCACCAACUAUUGCUUAUUUAGUUGAUUUGCCUGCGCCAGCUAUUGUUUAUUCAGCUGUUAUCUAUAAUGCACGCAGGUCAACAAUUCAAUGUACUGUAUUUCGGUCUCAACCAUCAGGACCUAUGCUAAGUUUUGGCCCAUUUACUAUUAAGAAAAAUGAAUAUCAGUUAAUAAAACAAGUAACCUAUGAUAUGGGAACAUGGACAGAAGCUGCAAUAAUAGAGAAAAUUCAAUGUGGAAAUUUAGUAGUGAACGCUCCAUUUGCUAAUGUUGCAUCACCGGUUCAAAAUUGGGAAUUUCGUGUUGAAAAAAAUAAAAUUGUAUCGGUCGGACCAAGUUCAUAUAAUGCUGAUAAUUAA